CCGAGCCAGAAAUAGUCCUGUUAGCACAAGCAGCAUUAACGGGCUUACGGUGACAGACUCACACUUGAUUGGAUUUUCUUGCUUGGUAAUGGCGCCACUUUGUAGAAAUAAUUAGGCCGGCGUUUUUUGGUACGCUUUUACGCGCUAAACUGGAGAGUUCAAACGAAGAGAGUUGUGAGUUUCAAGUUCGGGUUUCCCUUGAUUUUGCGUAACAUUAAAAAUCAAACGGCAUGUUUUCGCUUUUGUUCGGCAUGUUGUGCUUUUUUACUCUGGGUUGCGGUCAACUAACAAGCGGCCAGGCGGACGAUGGGAAGCGCUACAUCUGCCGGGCAAUACCCAUCAGCGGCGAUGCCAGUUGCCCCGUAACGUUGUUACCAGAGCUUUCCCCCGGGGACCAAGAAGAGGAGCUCAGAAACACAGUCAUGCAGCUACGAGAGACAAUUUUACAACAAAAAGAAACUAUUUCCAAGCAGCUGGGCACAAUCAACGAGCUAACCACAAAGCUGUCCCUCUGCGCCUCAGCCGCUGCCGAUAGGAAGUACGGCAAAGGAGGUUCGUGGGGGAAAGACAAGCAGAAUACAAUGGGCGACGUUCCCAGAGAUUCAAACGACUCUAUUGACAAUCUUGGGAAAACCAUGCAGGGUCUUAAGGAUCGUCUGGAGAACCUGGAGCAACAGCAAAUGAGGGCCAACAUAUCUGGCGCCUCAUUUCCCAGUGAGCUUCGCGACCUGCUGCAACGUAGGCUCGGUGAACUGGAGAAACAGCUCCUGAAAAAAGUCAGCAACUUGGAGGAGGAAAAGAGCUUGCUCUCCAAUGCCACAGCUGCCUACAGGUUGAAGACAGAGAGCACUCUGAAUGCUCUGGUGGAGCGGAUCACUGAACUGGAAAAAGGAGGGGGAGACUUCAAGUCCCCAGAGCAGUUUAAGCUUUCCCUUCCCCAGCGGACCAACUAUCUCUACGGCCGUUUCACUAAGAGCCUGCCAGAAAUGUACGCAUUCACACUCUGUAUGUGGAUCAAGUCUGGUGCCAGCCCUGGUAUCGGGACACCUUUCUCAUACGGCGUUCCAGGGCAAGCAAAUGAAAUUGUGCUGAUUGAGUGGGGCAAUAACCCAAUUGAGCUUCUCAUUAAUGACAAGGUUGCCCAGCUGCCUAUAGAGGUACGUGAUGGAAAGUGGCACCACAUCUGCAUCUCCUGGACCACACGGGAUGGCCAGUGGGAGGCUUACCAAGACGGGGUGAAGCUGGGAACUGGUGAGAACCUCGCAGCCUGGCAUCCCAUCAAACCUGGAGGAGUCAUCAUCCUGGGGCAGGAGCAGGAUGUGGUAGGUGGGCGCUUUGAUGCUGGACAGGCUUUCGUGGGCGAGCUGAGUCAGGUGAACAUUUGGGACCGUAUUCUAAAGCCAAUUGAGAUCCAGUCGAUGGCAAACUGCAGUUCUUACAUCCCUGGGAACGUGAUCUCCUGGCUAGCAAGUAACGUUGAAGUUUUUGGAAGAGGAGCAUUCAAACGGCCCUUGGAAAUGUGUCUGGAGCGACUGCCCAAUGCUUAAAA